AUGAGACACGUGUGUGUAAACCUACCGCUGCAGGCGGGCCUCCUGUGGCUGCUCCUUGCGGCGCUCGGCUCGUGCCAGGAGGCCGCCGCGCCUGAGGUCGGCCAGCCGGUCCCCGAGAAGCCGGUGCCUACCAAGCUCCCGCCGCCGCAUUUCGAGGAGCCAAUUGCCCAUGACGAGCCUUUCGACGAGGUACCACGCAGCUCCGACUCACUCGACCGUUCGGACUACGAGAUGGACGAUGACGACGACGACGACGAUUUCGCCGACUCCUUCUACGAGGAGUGGCACGAGAAAAUGGAGAACUUCCACCCAUCCGCGAUGCUGUCUAUGGACAUCGCGCCGAAGGCCAUCGAGAUCUUCUACGAGAACGUGCGCAACACGGGCACGCUGCUCCGCGGGAUGUUCUACACCCUCUCGAAGAUGGAGGAGCUCAAGGUGCGGGUGACCAUCAAGUCGCCCUCAGGGGACGUCAUGUACACGAAGGAGGCGCCCGACGGAAUAUACUCGUUCGAGGCGAAGGUGACCGGCGUCUACGAGUUCGAGUUCCACAACCCGCACUGGCUGACCGCGGUGGGAGUCACAAUCUCGGCCGGAAGCGACGAGCACUCGGUGCUGGAGUCCAAGCACAUCAAGAACACGCAGUCGCGCCUCGACCAGCUGAAGAACAACGUCGACUCGAUUUACGCGCAGUUCAAGUACCUCUGGCUGCACAACCACCGGCAGAUGCGCGCCUCCCGCGACACGCAGUUCAGACUGCUGCUCUACUCGCUCGUGCAGUUCAUGGUGGUGACCGUCUGCUCCGCGAUAUGCGUGACAUACGUCAAGAAGAUAGUGUCGCACAAGCGUCUACUGUGA